GUAACUGGAAUCGAAGAUCGUCUUCAAGAUGGUGUUCCUGAGACUAUAGCCUCGUUGCGAGAAGCUGGAAUGAAUGUCUGGGUGCUAACGGGUGAUAAGCAGGAGACAGCCAUCAGUAUCGCAUACGCCGCCCAAUUGAUUACUAGGCGCGAGAAGCUAAUUGUGCUGAAUGCUUCCACGGAGCAUUAA